GCAGGUUAACCCACCUACACAGUACAAGUCAAGAGGAAGAGAUCUGCUGUUGUGGAGAAUUAAUUAAUGUUGCAACAGUGGCGCAACCGUUCGCGGAAUAAUUGCUCUUGAGAAAAGAAACAAAUAUAUAGGUGGAAAUAUGGAGCCCAAAACUGUACUAAAGGAGAAGUUUUUCAUCGUGAUACGCGGGAAAACGAGGAAAGGCUUCUGCCGAGGAUGUAUUGGCCGUGUGGAGGCAGAGUUGCAGCCCGGAGAGCUGAUGGGGCUGCUGUACUGCGGUGGCAGCAAUGCAGGGAGCCCUAAGAGCGGAGGCAUCGUGAGGAGGGAGGACACAUACCCUCUGACCCGCCACCAGGCCCAGCUACUGCUCUUCGUUUACCCCGCAAGCAAACGCCUGGAGCUGCUGUGUAACCCCCAGCUGUUCUCGGCUAUCUGUAAACUGUCUCAGGAUGAUCUGGUGGUGGUGAAGCACAAGAAGGGACACCUGCCAGGGAUGGUGAAGAACCUGAUGCAAAUUGGGAGGAAGGAGAACAAAGACGACCUGCACAUGCUUGGCUUUGAGGUGGAAUUUGUGGACAGUGAUCACAAUUUGUCAUCCAAGAAACCCGCUCCUCUGCCCCUGUUCAGUGCGGCAGACAUCGUCCAGGUGGUCCCAUCUUACUCCCUUCCCCUCGGACUGCACUGGAAGGAUGGCCAAUGUGGGGGUCUAAACAGAAAAGCAGUGACGCGCAUCAACUCCAUGCCGAAUAUAGGAUCUCGUGCACGACAAGUGAGCAGCAACGACACAGAGCAGAGUGUCAUUCAGAGCCAAAGUUCAAGCGCAUCUCAUGUGCCUCUGGAGGUGGGAUCCAUGGUGGAGGUGGUGUCCAACACAGGGAUCACAGUAUAUGGGGUUGUCCAGUGGUUGGGGGCCCUUGAAGGGAAGACUGGUGAAUGGGCUGGGAUUGAAUUGGACUAUGAGGUGAAUGGCUGCUCUGAUGGGACAUAUGGAAGCCAGAGGUAUUUCACCUGCAAAGGGAACAGGGCUUUGUUCAUUCCCGUCACAAAGUGCAGUCCUGAUAGCAGGUUCUUGUGCUCCUCUACAGGAAGGGAGACCUCCAAACUCACUGACACACCUCCAGGACAGCUAGCUGAGAAAGGGGAGAGAGAGGGGGAAGACAUGCAGGAAAUCAUCACAGUUCCUCCAUUUGAGGACACAGAGGAGAAUGCACCACCUAUUCCUGAAUCAAAGGCAUUGUCUUUGUUAGUGGGAAGAAUGAAAGGGAUUCAGGGUCACGUCAACUCCUGUUACCUUGAUGCCACACUCUUCAGUUUGUUCGGCUCAUCCGUGACCCUGGAAAAUAUCUGCCAAAAACCUGCUGACACGGACAAACCCGUAACCUGCACUCUUAGAAAAAUAGUCAACUGUUUGCGCAGACAAGGGUUUGUGCCUGCCGCGAGUGUGAUGAAUUUCCGUGAACAGCUUGGCUGCGACACCUUCCGAACAGAGGAAAAAGACCCAGAAGAGUUCAUCACAGUCCUCUUUCAGAAAGUGCUUUGCAUGGAGCCACUGCUUAAGCUCAGAUCGAGACAAGAAAUAUGUCACGGUGCCUAUACCUUCCAGGUCUUUCUAGAAAAAGAACAGAUGGGACCGAUGCCCACUGUCCAACAGCUGCUGGACACAUCCUGCCUGUCAGGAGACCUCAAGUUUGAAGAGAUGCCGUCCUGUCUAAUGGUUCAGAUGCCAAGGUUUGGAAACAAGUAUAAGAUGUUUUCUCACAUCAUUCCCUCCACUGAGCUGGACAUCACAGAUCUUCUAUACAAUUCUCCAAGGGAAUGCUUCGUUUGUGGGCAUUUGGCAGAGUACGAGUGUCUUCAUUGUCUACCAGAUCGCAAAUUGCAACCAGGGAGAAUAAAACAGUACUGCUCUACCUGCAACACACAGGUUCACACACAUCCGUCGCGGCAGGGUCACUCCCCCAAAACUCUUGCAGUACCAGCAGAUACAGCCUCUAAUACUCCUGUGCCCAGGCACACGAUGCAGCUGUCUGCUGUGCUCUGCAUUCAAACAAGCCACUAUGUGUCCUUUGUCAAAUACGGCUCUGAUCCUCACUCCUGGCUCUUUUUUGACAGCAUGGCAGACAGAUGCGGUGACGAUCAACAUGGCUACAACAUUCCUGAGGUCCGAGCUUGUCCGGAGCUAGGUGACUACCUGUCCCAGCCGGAGGAGGAGCUGGCUUGGUCUAAGCCUUCCCAGGCUCCUGAACUUGUGCGCAGGUUACUGUGUGACUCCUAUAUGUUUUUAUACCAAAACCCAACCAUGCCACUUUCAAAACCCAACCAUCAGGAAUAGUAAACGCAUGUGAGGUUGAGGACACUAUGUUCCCAUAACAGUGCCUUAAUAAUCUUGCUUCUCUGCUUAAUCUGCAAGAUUUUGUGUUGGUUAUUACAUCCAAACAGCAGGAACUGAAACAUAUGCUUUUAACAUCAUUUGGUGAGGAUAUACAAUAUUGUUGAAGAGAAAAAAACAAUA